AUGGUCGUGCAGACACAAAUUCAUUCAAAUCAAAACCCGUCGACUAUCCCAGCUGUCCCUAUUGUGCAAAGAGAUCCCUUACCACAACCCAUUUACCCCGCAUCAUCCUCUUCGUCUUCCCUCACACCUACCGCCACCUCUCAGACUGCCCACACAACACAAUGCACAGACCUCUCGGGUUCCACCCCUACGCUACACUCAAGUGCUUCCGAGCAGGACAAGCAUCCAACCUCUCACCCAUCUCAAGUCGCUCCGAUACCUCCAGUCAACGGCAUCGGAACACUAUCUUCUUCCUCGGCUGUACAAGUCCUCGAUCCCCAGACAAUCGAAAUUACUCGACAACGAGCGGAUUGGAGUAGAUGGGCUGCAAAAGCCGACGAUCUAGCCCCAUUUGUUUCGAAACUCAUGGGUCUUCUAGCACUCAAUAUGUUCUUACUUGGUCAUGUAAUCCUUUUCUACCCUCCACCAUCAAAAACAGAAACAUGUUUCCAUUCUGCUCCUACUCUAUGGUGGGGAGUUAUGAUUGUAGUGGGAGUUGGAUGGUUUUUGAUCUUACAAAUAUUGGUUGUUGUGGUGAUUAUUGGUUUAGGUGGAGCUUUGAUUAUGAACCUCUUACGAAGAUUACGAAUCAUACCUCCUCUCCCUCAACCUGAACCUCCUCGUCCACCACCAUCAUCAACAUUAUCAUACGAUGAACUCAUAUUACUCCGAUCGGUACAUUACCUACCGGCACUUGUUCCCACUUCCGAUUCAUCUUCUACAAAUGUUCCAAACGAUUCAAUCCUCACCGACAAAUCAGAUUCUACACAUUACAAAGGUUGUAACCGAUUAACACUGAACACUGGGUUUUGGCACAUAAGAGGAGAAUUAUGGGAUUGUACGAAAUUAACUCGUCCAUGUGUUUACUUGACACCGGACGAAGCUAUCUGCGUGAUUUGUCAUGAGAAUUAUUGUCAACCGGAUGGGGUGGGAGAGGUAGUUUAUACAGCUGAUGUUCUGAGAUUUUUAGGUUGUGGACAUUUGUUUCAUCAACAUUGCAUAGAUCGAUGGUUACAAAGAGGAUCCGGUAAUUGUCCAAUAUGUAAUCAAUCCGUCAGAGAAACUUCUCUUCCUGGCUGGUCUAAAAUUCCUCGUCGAUCAUUACCGACUCCCCGUCGAUAGACAAUUUACAUAAAUAUCAAUGUUAGUGUUGUUACCUACCGGUAUAGAUACAGGAAGGAUAAGGAUGUUCGACUAAAUUAUGAAUUAAUGCGAAUAAU